GUUUAAAGUUCAGUAAAGAUUGCGGAUAAAACGUUUCUCGUCUUCUUAUACAUUAACUGGUUAAGUCACGAAAGAGAAUUAUUUAUUUUUUAAUUGAACCUCAUUGAUGUUAAUUACAUGUGUAUCCAUCUGUCCUAUCGGCACGAAAAUAAACGACCCAUCUCAUUAAAUCUUAACUAUCUUUUUUCUUCAACGUUCUCUUCGGGUCUUUGUGAAUUCAAUGCGAAUAUUCAGGUAAACAGGGGUACAUUGUCUAAUAAAUUUGAAAAAAAAAACAUUUCAAUUAUAAUUGAGCCGCACAAUGAGAAAAUCAAGAAAGUGGCUUUGCGACCAACAUGGAUCCAGAACAGUCUGUCUAUCCGCGCAGUCAGGAUCCAUACUGAUCGCUAACGGUUUUUCUAAUUGCAAAAGGCUUUGAAAGCGAAAAGCGUAUUAUCAAUCUCCUCGAUCUAAUGGGUGAAAUAACGAGAGAAAAAAUGAUAAUAUCGCACUUUUGUAUCGUAAUUUUUAAUUUCGCCCAUAGGAUUCUACAGGGCUAAUGGGCGAAACAACGAUACUUAGUGGUACUUGUCUCCCGGGUGGAACGUCAAAUCAUCAUGUUAGCCCCAACAAAAAUAUAAGUAUUAUUGUAUUGCUAUAGUUGUGUAUAUAUAAAUGUCAAACGACAAACAUCUUUUUACAAUUCCAUUACCUAAACCUUUAUGUCCCCCAGCCUAACAACAUCUUAAACGCGAGUAUAUAAGGUACUGUAUCUAGGACAACAUUACUGUUUCCUCGCAGACUCUUCAUUGGACAGUGAGGUCGGAUUUGCUCAAUUAUACAAUUUAAAUAUGCGUGAAUGCAUCUCAAUUCAUGUCGGUCAAGCCGGGGUCCAGAUUGGAAAUGCCUGCUGGGAGCUAUAUUGUCUCGAACACGGGAUACAGCCCGAUGGUCAAAUGCCGAGUGACAAGACUAUUGGUGGCGGAGACGACUCGUUUAACACAUUUUUCAGUGAGACUGGAGCCGGCAAACACGUGCCAAGAGCUGCCUUUGUAGACCUUGAACCAACAGUUGUAGAUGAAGUUCGCACCGGUACAUAUCGACAAUUAUUUCACCCAGAACAACUGAUAACCGGCAAAGAAGACGCCGCAAAUAACUAUGCUCGAGGCCAUUACACCAUUGGUAAAGAGAUUGUGGAUCUUGUGUUGGACAGGAUCCGGAAACUUGCUGAUCAAUGCACCGGUCUUCAAGGUUUUUUGGUGUUCCAUAGCUUUGGUGGCGGAACAGGGUCUGGUUUUACGUCCUUACUGAUGGAGCGUUUGUCAGUCGACUAUGGAAAGAAAUCAAAGCUCGAGUUUUCAAUUUAUCCGGCUCCGCAAGUUUCAACUGCCGUUGUGGAACCUUACAACUCUAUUCUUACCACGCAUACGACUCUGGAACACUCUGACUGCGCCUUCAUGGUCGAUAAUGAAGCUAUUUACGACAUUUGCCGACGUAACCUAGAUAUUGAGCGUCCGACAUAUACCAAUUUGAAUCGUCUUAUCGGUCAAAUUGUGAGUUCAAUCACAGCUUCCUUAAGAUUUGACGGCGCUCUGAACGUUGACCUGACCGAAUUCCAAACGAAUCUUGUACCUUAUCCCAGAAUUCACUUUCCGUUGGCUACAUACUCUCCAGUCAUCUCCGCCGAAAAGGCAUACCAUGAGCAGCUCUCCGUUGCCGAGGUUACCAAUGCUUGUUUUGAACCGGCUAAUCAGAUGGUGAAGUGUGAUCCACGACACGGGAAGUACAUGGCUUGCUGCAUGCUCUACCGCGGGGACGUCGUUCCCAAGGACGUCAAUGCUGCCAUUGCUACAAUCAAGACAAAACGAACAAUACAGUUUGUUGACUGGUGUCCAACCGGAUUUAAAGUUGGGAUCAACUACCAACCACCAACUGUUGUCCCAGGUGGGGACCUUGCCAAGGUGCAGCGGGCCGUUUGUAUGUUGAGCAAUACUACUGCUAUCGCUGAGGCAUGGGCUCGUCUUGACCAUAAAUUUGAUUUGAUGUAUGCAAAAAGAGCUUUUGUCCAUUGGUACGUAGGAGAAGGUAUGGAGGAAGGCGAGUUCUCGGAGGCCCGAGAGGAUCUCGCUGCUCUCGAAAAAGACUACGAAGAAGUCGGUGUGGACUCAGCCGAAAACGGCGAAGGAGACGAGCAAGAAGAAGAAGAAUAUUGAACUAUAUGAGUGUUUGCAAAUAUGGAAUAUGGAGUAUUACAACCACAAAACAUUUUCCUGGGUUUUUUAUCAAGUUAUUGUGAGAUUAUUAUUUUUCUCAUUUUUUUCAGUUGAUGUUGGAAGCUUGCAUUUUUCUCAAGUUUUGAAUGGUAAAUGAUGCUUCCAUUUUAGUGCUGAUCAAACAAAAGUAAAAUAUAAAUUUUAAGAAUAACAUAAUGAUAGAUGGUUAUUGCUUAUUUUCGUGCAUCAGUAUCUGAAUAAGUCAAAGGACUUAUGGUGAGGGUUUUAGCACAAUCACACACAGGGCUAUGCAGGUAGCAAUGCACGAUAUAACGUGCUUUGUAUUUAUUCGUGCUUAAAAUUUAGACACAAAUCAGUCUUUUUAUAUUUUGCCUUAAAGAAGGUCAAUCUUGUUUAUCAUAUAGUGGGUAUGUUUGAAACCUUAACGUCUGUUCAUUAACACUUAUUUAUAUUUAAUGAGGACUUAAACAUGUUCUACCAAGUAUUUUAGGGUAAGUAUACUAUUGAUGAACAUACAUAUAUAAGAAAUUAUCAGAGACUUCCAUUACCACUUACAUGUUUAGCUAAUAUUCGUUAGAAAAGAUUGCUUGUAGAAUUAGUAUUACCUCCUAUUAUCCAAAUAUGUAAAUAUCACAUAAAUAUUACAUAAAUUAAUAUAAAAAGGGGUGUAAUUACAAACUGUUAUAAAAUGAAACAUAUAUUAUAGGUGGACGGUAGUACGAAAUUGCUAUAUGCUCUGUAUAAAAUAAUGUCCUAUCAUUUAUUGUAAUCAAAUUGCUAUCUCUUAUCAAAAUACUUAUUAUUCUCAACUUUAAGGUAAGGAAACGAUAAAGAAAUAAUUUGAAAA